CUACAGCCUCUCAACUUUUUCUCACCACUUCCUUUUCUCAAGUUGUCUUCUAUAUCGAAGAAGAAAUUAUGGGUCUGAAUGGUAAGUUGAUUGCUUCAGUAGAGGUGAAGUGUGGAGGACACCUGAUUCAUGACAUUUUGCAUACCAAUACUCAUCAUAUAUCCAAUAUAAGUCCUGGUAAGGUCCACAAAUUUGAUAUUGAUGAAGGUGAAAUCGUAAAAGUUGGUUCAAUUGUUAGCUGGAAAUAUAACGACGAUGGAAAAGAUAAGAUCUGUAAGCAGGUGAUUGAAGCUGUGGAUCAUCAGAACAAAUCAAUCACUUGGAAAGUGAUUGGAGGAGAUCUGUUAGAUUUGUACAAUUCCUUCACUAUGAUCUCAUCCCAUGACCACCAAUGGACUACGUGGACAUUUGUGUACGAGAAGAAAACUGAAGACACUCCAGAGCCUCUCGUUUUCUUGGGUUAUGCCCUACAUGUCACCAAAGAUAUAGAGGGUCACCUUCUCAAGUAAUAUAAAUUUAUGCUAUUCAAUUGCUCAUAGCCUAUAUAUAUAUAUAUAUAUAUAUAUAUAUAUAUAUAUAUAUAUAUAUAUAUAUAUGUAUGUAUGUAUGUAUGUAUGUAUGUAUGAAUUUGGCAAUAUUGGCUAGUUGUAGCUAGCUGCGUGUGAAAUAAAUAAUGUUGUGUUUGAAGAAUAUAUUAUAUAUGCACUCUCCUUCUAUGGAUGUACAUCCAAUGGUGAAUAUAUGUAAGAUGUUAUGAAUUUUGCAACUGUGAGCUUUACCUAUAACAAAGACGAUAUAUUUAACA